AUGCAUCGGAUCCGUGGAUUCACGAAGCGUGGCGAUCGACAGGGCGACUCGCAGCUGGCGUCGCCCACCUUGUCGACCUCGCCCAUUCUUCGCGGCUCGCCGAGCAUGCCGUCGAUCCAGUUUGCCGGCGCAGAAAAAGCGUCGCGUUCCAUCCGUUUCGGCCAGGCCGGCGCGCCGAGUCCGGCCCUUGCGAACGGCGAGACGCGCACCGCGGAUCUUGUACCGUCCGUGCCAGAGUCUGCGCAGAAGCAAAAAGGGCUGCGCAGAUCGAUGUCAGAGCAUCAAAUGGACGCGCCGCGUGUUGAAAAACCGCGUAAAUCCAGCGCGGAUGGCGCUUGGCCCGCUCGUCGCUGGCGCGGUAUUCUUCGCAGCGUUUCCCAUGGGGACGAAAAAGCAGCAGAGGCGGACGAUGCUUCCACGCGCGCGGUCAAGACGCGGUCGCCCGCGCCGAAUGCAACCGCGCCGCUGUCUCCCAGUCUUGUCCCGAGUUCCCAGACCUGGGUGCGCUCCACGCCCUCGGAGCCCAUAUGGAACAGGAAACACCGAUAUUUGCGCUCAACGCAGCGCGAUGCAGAUGACCCUGUGGUGCCUGUGUCAUUGUCGCCGACUGCGCAUACUCACGAAGCGAGCACGUCUGCCGAGCUGCGCAGUUCGCUUCCUUCGCCGCGCCCCGACGGCGUGCAGCCGCGCUUGCUGAGCGCCGUGCCAUUCAAGGCGCUUGGUCCCGCUGCGCAAGCGCCCGUCCACGAGCGCAGCCCCUCACUCAAGAGCACGAACAGUGCUUCCAAAACCCCCGACGACCUUGCCGCGCUCGCAUCCGCUGCUGUCGGCCAGGAGAGUGUGAGCUCUGAUUCCGAGGCGGUGCGCAACGCCAUGUGGCUCUCAGAAGAACGUGAGCGCCACGUUGCGUACCAAGCGCGGCUCACGCAAGCCUUGCCGCAGCGGCGUAGCGCUGUUUUCGACGACGCCUCCGACGGACAGCACAUUGACUUUUUGGACGUGGAAGAAGGCAGCAUGGAGCGCCGCACCGCACGCUCCGACCCACCCAGCAGCAUCACCGGGACCGAGCUGUACCAUGAUCCGCCUGGCGUGUCGGAAAUGCCGCACAACCCCCAAGACGAUCCGCUCAAGAUCUUGCACGAGGAACAGGAGCGUGAGCGUGCACUUUUGGAGCGCGACGCACAGCUGCGGCAUCAGGAGCUGGAGCGCGAGCGCGAGCGAAGAAAGCGCCAGGAACGCGAGCUCCAGCUCCAGCGCGAGAAGGAAGAGCGCCGCCGCGAAGAGCUCCGUGCAGCAGAGACCGAACAAGAAGAGCAGCGCAAGCAGAUGCUCCAGAAAGAGAGUGCAAUCCGCGAGCGCGAGCGCCGCGAAUUGCUGCGCCAGCAGGAAGAGAUUGCCGAGCGCAAACGCGAAGUGGUGCGCCAGCGCAAGCUGCGCAAGGUCCGCGACGUCAAGAUCCGCGACAUGCGCAACGUUCACCGCGAGCGCCCAAAACCAGCGCCCGAGCAGCGGGUCUUGGGCCGUUCCGAAGAGCGCGCCGAAGCCGAGCGCGCCGAGGCCGAGCGCAUCGAAGCCGAGCGCGUGCGUCUGGAGCGUGAAAUGUGCGAGGCAAUGGAGCGUACCGAGGCCAAGAAACGCCUCGUGGCCGACUCAAUUGAGAAGGAGCGUCGGAUGCGCCUCACUGCCGAACUUCGCGCGCUGGAAGACGCCGAGGCAGAGCGCGUGACAGCGAUCAGGCGCGAAGCCCUUGCAUGGGAGCAAGCCGAGCGUGAGAAAGCCGAGCGCCGCGAAGCCGAGCGCCGCAUCAAGAUGCAAGCGGAGAAAGUGCACGAGGAAAAGUUGGAGCUGGAGCGUAUCGCGCACGAGCGCCGCGAAAAAGAGCGCAUGGCGAAGCUCGAGGCCGAGCGCUUAGCGAGCGAGCAGGCCGAGCAGGAGCAGGCGCGCAAGCGAGAAAUCGCGGCGCGAGCAGAGCGCGAGCGAGUGGAGCGCAUAGAGCGCGAGGAGCAAGAGCGCCUCGCACGCAAAGAACGGAGCGAGCGCCUUGCGCGCGAGCAAAAAGAAGCGGCAGAGCGCGAGCGCGAGCAAGAAAAGCGGCGCGCGGACGAGGCCGAGCAGCAGCGCAAGGCCGAGUACGAGCACCUGGAGCAGGAGCGCAUCAUGAUCGAGGAAAAAGCGCUGAAGCGUGCAAAGCGCGAGGCCGAGGACGAGGACCGCGUUGUGCGUACGCGCGCGCGAAAAAACGAGGAGUACGACGAGGACGGCGAGUCGUCUGUCGCCGCGUCAGACCUUACCUCGCUGGUCGACGACGCAGAGUCCAACAUUUCGCAGCUCAUGCACCGAAAGCUGGAAAUUAUCUCGAAGCGCACGUCGAAUCUGGGCCUGCAAGGCAUCCUUGCACGCAAAGUGCCCGCGCCCGCGAUCCCCGAAGACGCCGUGCCCGACACAAACCACGCUCCCCGCGCGCCAACGCUGCGCUUUGCCCUCACACAUCCCCCCGAGCCCGUCGACGAAGAAGGCAUCCAGCCGCAUCCCGGCAUUCCAUGGAUCAAUGCCGCGAUGCGAACCUCUCUUUUACACGCCGCCCCCGCGCCGACUCGCAUUCUUUUGGACGCGCCGGACCGUGCACAAGGCGCCGUGUCUGGCCUGCUCAAAGUCGCUGCGGACUUUGUGCAGUCUGCCGGACCAACACGCGUCGAGCCUGUGGGAGCACACACCGACGCAGUGCGCUACUUUGACGGCUUUUGCAUGCACGGCCUGGCAAACUGCGACACACCACGCAGCGACGCGUCAAACUGUGCGCUUGGCGAGCCUGCCAUCAUGCGCUGCCUCGCUGCGCGCCUCGACUUUUCCGAUAUUUGGCACUUGGCCAGUAUCGCGCGCGGCGCACGUCACGUGCUCACCACGCCGUCCUUUUUGGACAUGCUCCUGCAGCGAUACCUCGGGAGCAUUGGCUACCAGUCGUGGCCCGACGACCAGGACCCGCUUCCGAUCUCGCUCUACGACUGCCACGCAUUCCUUCUCUACCCCAUUGUCAAGGACGAGCUGCAAAUGGCCGGCGACGCCUACCUUGUCGGCGCCCACCGGCUCGACCGCCGCAUUCCGCGCCUCGCUCGCUCGACAACGCGCGCCUACAGCAAGAUCCUCGCGCGCGUCCGACUCCAGCCAAACAGGAGCGUGCCAUGUGGCAGCGCGCGCGUCGAUGUGCGUACCGGCACAAGCUUUGCCCAGCGUCCUCUCCACCCGCCGUACCAAGCGGGCCGCGCGACGGUGUUUCGCGUUUGGACUCCCGAGGACCAAGGUACGGACGAGUUCUUCGGCACGGAGCUGCAGCGUGCCGAGCGCGAGCUGUUUAUUGCGGGCAUUUGGCGCUACUUGAACCGCGGCGAUAUGGUGCUCAACACGGCCAAGUGCGAUCAGUACAACGACGCGCGCUACAUUUUCAACGGCGAGAGUUUCAUGCCGCUUCCUGCUACCUACGACCCGAUCGGCCACUUGCCGUCGUUCAUGAACAUGCUCCUCUACCCGCCGACGCUUUACCACGGCGUUGUCCGCUACUCGGGCACCUCCCCCGUAAUUUACCUCGAUAUCCUGCCGUGGCGUGCGCAGAUCAUACGCUCCGCACAGCUCGUGCGCGAUAACGUCGAGACGAUUGGCGCUAAUGGACAGCAGUACCGCAUCGCAAAGUGGCUCUACCGGGCAGUGUUUACGAUCGAUAUGCCGGCCACCGACGCUGCGUUUGACGAAGCACCGUACGGUGCGCACCACGACUGGAACGGAACGGUGGUCCUCGAGGCAGAGGGCACGGCAGAGCAUGCGCGCGAGCUCAUUGAGCGGUGCAUUGCGCCGAAUGAGCCGGGAUCGUUGCGCGCCGCACUGCUGGAUGUAUGCAUGUCGGGCGCAAACGAACAUGCGACGGUGCCCGAAAUCGAGCCGUACCAUGACGAGACGCCCUCUUCCACGUACCCAUGGAUGCUCGUCCGCGAGCGCAGCCGUGCCGGUUUUAUUUGGCUGAGCAUGACAUAG